UUCCGCAAGUGCGACCGCUGUUCGCGCCUGAAGAAGGCAUGCCUUGAACUCCCGCAGCAUUCCAUCCGCGCGUGGAACACCCUGGUGCUCUCGUAUGAGCACUUGCGCGAUGUAGGGCCCGACAACCACCACGAGCACAACGAGUGGGAACAGGCGUGCCGCCGGUGGAUCACCGAUGUCGAGGCCACCGAGCGUGGCCUUUCCAAGCGCGGUGGUACCCGCAAGCCCAAGGGGGACGAAAUCCAGCUCUUACAGGUGGAUGCUACUAACAGGCUGGCGGCAGCAGUAGAGGGCAUCCUCGAUGUUCUCCGUGCACAGGCCGGGUACGAGCCGCUCGGCGAGCUCGAUGCGCUGACUGUUCCUGCUCCUCGUCACGGCCAGGAGUCGUCCUUUUCCUACCCGGAUAACCACAACCGGGGUGAUGAUGUUGAUGAAGGUGGCGGCGGCAGUUCUGGUGGGGGUGACAGUGGGGAGGAGGAUGACCUAUCCUCUGACUUCGCCUCAUCCCCGUCGGUAGAGCCCACUCCUACCCCAGUCUCCCAAGGACGUGGUCGCCCUCGCAAGCAGGCCCCCGGCGCUGCUACAACGCCCACAAAGCCCGGUCGUCUCGCUAGCAAGCCCAAGCCUCCUUCCAAGCGAUCGUCGUUGCUGCGCCGCAAGCCCAAGUCGCCGGCGGGGAGCACGGGUGUCGCCCAAAUCGUUCCGCGCGCCAAGCGUAAGCUUCGCUCUGCUGGCCGCGCCAAAGGGGUGGGUUCGGCGGAUCUGACAAUGUCUGGUGGCUUGGGCCCCCCUGGAGUUGAGCAGGAAGAUGGUAUGACGGACAGUUCGGAGGAUGACUUGGUGCAGCCCACUCCUACGCCAAAGAGGUCUAGGCGGUAG